AUGUACCAUUUCCCGACCGCUACUCGCUUACUGUAUCGCUCAGCCAUGGAUCAAGCUCCGACGCAAUAUGACCUUUCCCCGACCCCAUACGGCCGCGCAUGUAUGAACUGCUCUCACGCCAAAUGCAAGUGCGUUCUGUCCAAGGCCGGAGGACAAUGUCAACGAUGUCAGCGUCUUAACAAGGAGUGUCGUCCCUCGGCGUUCCAGCGCCGACAAAACCUGCGCAAGCCCAACGCCACAAAGAGCGGUCGGCUGGAGAAGAAGCUGGAUGAUGUGGUCGCGCUGCUUCGUGCCCGGGCGGCGCAUUCGUCUGGGAGCAGUGCGACCGCAGACGAAUACGCCGAUUUGAUCGAGGAGCAGUUAAACUCGACGAGCACGACGACACCAGAGCCCCAGCCACGGAAUCCGCGAGGUGACUCACAGAAGAGGAGACGUGGUGGCAAUACUCAUUCGCAGUUAACUCAGACAAGUGAGCAGGGGGCGAAUGGUCCUGGCUUGACGAAUGACUCGCCGGACGUUUCUUUGGAGCUCUCGCCGUGGCAGGCAGAGGAGUGUUUGGCGGCUUUUGUCACGCAGAAGCUGCCUUAUCUACCGUUCAUCCAUAUCCCAUCCAGUACCACGGCCAAACGUCUCCAGCGCGAGCGACCCUUCAUGUGGCUAUGCGUGAUGGCGGUUGCAGCGAAGAGCGUGAAGCAGCGCAAUGCGAUAUGCGAUAAGGUCAGGGAGAUCGUCGCGCAGAAAGUGGUGCACUGCUCCGGGGCUCGCGACCUUGAUCUUCUACAGGGCAUACUGAUCUUCAUGGCUUGGUCCGGCCAGCAGGUCUUCCGCAAGCUGAGCUUGAUCAUGUUCAGCCAACUGGCGAUAGCGGUGGUGUAUGACCUCUCACUGAACAAGCCAACCUCAACUGAGAUGUCCCUUCUCCUCUGCCUAAAUCCUCAACCCGAGGGCGGUCCUGCUUCGCCACCUACGCGGUUCAUGGAGGAGCGGCGAGCAGUGCUAGGAUGUUUCCUACUCACAUCAAGUAUCUCUCUCUUCUUUGGAAAGGCCGAAUCCCUCCGCUGGACACCCUACCUCGAAGAAUGCCUGAAAGCCCUAAGCCAGCACCCAGAGUGUCUGAACGACGAAGUCCUCGUCCACCAAGUCCGCUACCAACUCGUCAACGAGCAAAAAUCCCCCAGCCACGCUUCCAGCAACACCGAACUCCACCCAUUUCCACUUCCACCCGCAACCAACCUAUAUGACAACACAUCCCUCAACCCCCCAAUAUCAACCUACCUCCACGCCCUAAACACUCAUCUCCACUCAGCCCAAGCCAAAAUCCCCCCACAAACCCAACAAUACAAAAUCAUCCACCUCCACAACACCCAUGUAAUCCUGACCCUCACGGAGCCGGCCCUCCUCCUCACCCCAAAACCCCAGCAACAACAAUCCACCACCCUCAACAUCCGCCACCUGGAAACCCUGCACGCCGCCCUAGCAGCCACAAAGGCCUGGUUCGACACCUUCCUGGCUAUUCCGCCAGCAGAGUACACCGGCUUCGCGUUCACGGUCUUCGCCCAGCUCGCCCGCAACCUCGCCGCGCUGUACCGGCUCUCCACGCUGGAUGAUCCGCUCUGGGACCGGGCGGCCGUGCGGCGGACGGUGGAUAUUCUGGAUGUGCUGGACAGUGUGAUUGGGAAUCUGGGGCAGGCGGCUGCGUUGGCGAGGUUGGAAGGGUUGGAGAGGGGGUUGUUGGCUGAGGCGGAGGUCGAUGAGGGGGAGGUGUUCUUUUAUUCGAUCGGGAAGUAUGAGUCUAUGCGGUUGGUUUGGGAACGGAAAUUGGGGGGGAGAGGGGAUAAUAAUCUGCGGGGAAGGGGAGGGUUGGAGUCGGAGAGAAUGCAGCAACAGCAGCAUGUAUCUGGGACUCUGGAUCAGGAGUCUGGCGGUGCGCUGGGUACGUUAGGCUUAGGGGUCGGGUAUGAUGACUGGUUGAUGGAGUUUCUGAGUUCGAUGGUGCAAUAGAUUAGUUGCGGAUAGUUACGGUAAUCUACCCUCCGAGUCCACGGUCUAAUUCUCAUGGACUUUGAAGUGACUGACUCCUGGCGGUGGAUGCCGUUGCUUCCCUACCACAGACCCCAGCUACUUCGCCAGAAUAUCCCCUC